UUCUGAUAACUCAUCUUCCCUCCUUCAGCACCAGAACCCUCGCUGGCUCGCUCUCAUGGAAACCCUCGGUGUUCUCCUCACUGUGCCCAUGGACCCAUACCUCGAGGAGGAGCUCGAUCGCCGCUACAACCUCUUCCGGCUUUGGGAGGCGCCGCUGGAGUCCCGCCGAGACUUCCUCUUCACGCGCGCAGGAUCCAUCCGCGCUUUGGUCGGCAACACCAAUGUUGGGGCUGACGCUGAGACCAUCGACGCCCUUCCGAGGCUUGAGAUCGUAUCCACCUUCAGCGUCGGCCUUGACAAGAUCAAUCUCGACAAGUGCCGCGAGCGCGGCAUCCGGGUUACCAACACUCCCGAUGUGCUCACCGAUGACGUCGCGGAUCUUGCAAUAGGGUUGGCGAUUGCGGUGCUGAGGAGAAUUCCGCAAGUGGAUCGGUAUGUGAGGGAUGGGUCGUGGAAGACGAAAGGGGAUUAUAAGCUCACCACUAAGCUAAGUGGUAAAACAGUUGGUAUAAUCGGGUUGGGCAGAAUCGGCAUGGCUAUUGCCAAAAGAGCAGAGGCAUUUGGGUGCCCUAUCAUCUACCACUCCAGAUCAGAGAAGCCGGACACAAACUACAAAUAUUAUUCGAAUGUUCUUGACUUAGCAGCUAACUGUGAGGUGCUCAUUGUAGCAUGCUCACUAACACCUGAAACUCGCCACAUUGUUAAUCGCAAGAUCAUGGACGCACUCGGCCCAAAGGGUGUGUUGAUAAACAUUGGCCGUGGUCUGCAUGUGGAUGAGUCUGAGCUCGUUAAAGCACUAGUUCAGGGUCGUUUGGGAGGUGCUGGAAUUGAUGUGUUUGAACACGAGCCUCAUGUCCCUCAGGAGCUGUUUGGCCUAGACAAUGUAGUUUUGGUUCCUCAUGUGGGAAGUGACACCAUGGAAACUUGCAAAGCAAUGGCAGACCUUGUCCUUCAAAAUCUCGAAGCCCAUUUUUCAUGCAAACUUCUCCUAACUCCUGUUCUUUAAUCACACAGAUAUCGUCUAAUGUUAUCGAUGUGUAUAAAUUCUUUGGCAGGAAGUUACUGAUCUUCAUAUUGAUGCAAUGAAGCUGUUGUUUAUAUCUCUGAAGUUUUCACAGGUGAGAAUAGUCAAAUCCUUCUAAUCUUAUAUAUAUGUUUAUCUUUGUAUUUUUGUAUCUUAAUAUAAUGUUAUAAGCGUCUUCUGUUGUAAGCAUUCCUCUUAUAACAUUAGCCUAUUUCUUUAUUCUUGUGGUGACCCAUAUAUAAAAUUAAUCUAGUUUGUAUUUUUAAUUUCUAAUAACUAGCACUGAGAAUGUGAUGAAGUCUUUUUGAA